GCACGCAGGAGCACUGGAGGAGCCGCUCGCCGGAUGCUGCCUGUGGCGGAUUUGGGCUGCUCGUCUCCGCCGGCGAUGAAGGCUCUGCCUUGAAGAUGGAGAGGAUCUGCCUGGUGUUCCUGGCCCUGGUCCCCGCCUGCAUCAGGGGCCAGGGGGUUUACGCUCCGGCUCAGGCCCAGAUCAUCCAUGCUGGGCAGGCAUGUGUUGUAAAGGAAGAUAACAUCAGCGAGAGAGUGUAUACCAUCCGGGAAGGGGACACUCUGGUCCUGCAGUGUCUGGUCACAGGACACCCACGGCCACAGGUGAGGUGGACCAAAACCGCUGGCAGUGCCUCGGACAAAUUCCAGGAGACGUCGGUGUUUAACGAGACCCUUCGGAUUGAGAAGAUCCAAAGGCUCCAGGGGGGCCGCUAUUACUGUAAAGCAGAAAAUGGGGUUGGGGUCCCUGCCAUCAAGUCCAUUCGAGUAGAUGUGCAGUAUCUAGAUGAGCCUGUUCUCACCAUCCACCAAACCAUCAGCGACGUGCGUGGCAGCUUCUACCAGGAGAAGACGGUUUUCCUCCGAUGCACAGUCAACUCCAACCCACCAGCUCGCUUCAUCUGGAAGCGGGGAGCUGAGACACUCUCCCACAGCCAGGACAAUGGGGUGGACAUCUAUGAGCCUCUCUACACACAGGGUGAAACCAAAGUCCUGAAGCUGAAGAAUCUGAGGCCUCAGGAUUAUGCCAGUUAUACCUGUCAGGUGUCUGUACGAAAUGUCUGUGGCAUCCCGGACAAGUCGAUCGCCUUCCAGCUCACUAAUACGACAGCCCCACCAACUCUGAAGCUAUCAGUCAAUGAGACCCUGGUGGUGAACCCUGGAGAUAACAUAACUAUACAGUGCUCCCUCACUGGUGGUGACCCACUGCCUGAGGUGGUCUGGUCUCACUCACCCAGUCCUAUGCCUCAAAACAGCCUUGUUCAAGGAGGCAAUCUCACCAUCUGGAGGAUCCAUGUGGAAGAUUCAGGUUAUUAUAACUGCACAGCCAUCAACAACGUGGGAAACCCAGCCAAGAAGACAGUGAACCUGCUGGUGCGAUCCAUGAAGAAUGUCACGUUCCAGAUCACACCUGAUGUGAUCAAAGAGAGUGAGAGCAUCCAGCUAGGGCAGGACCUGAAGCUUUCCUGCCAUGUGGAUGCAGUCCCCCAGGAGAAGGUUUUCUACUUCUGGUACAAGAAUGGAAAGCCAGCCAGGAUGUCAGACCGACUGCUCAUCACCAGGAAUGAUCCUGAGCUCCCACCAGUGACUAGCAGCAUGGAGAUCAUAGACUUGCGCUUUAGUGACUAUGGUACAUAUUUGUGUGUGGCGUCCUUCCAGGGUGCACCCAUUCCUGACCUCAGCGUUGAAGUGAACAUCUCUUCAGAAACAGUGCCUCCAACCAUCAGUGUCCCUAAAGGCCAGUCCACCAUCACCGUGCGGGAGGGCUCCCGGGCAGAGCUGCAGUGCGAGGUUCGAGGGAAGCCCAAGCCACCUAUCAUCUGGUCCCGGGUAGAUAAGGAAGCUCCCAUGCCCUCAGGCACCAUGACGGAGGAGACAUAUGAUGGGAAACUGCGUCUGGAGAGCGUGAGCCGGGAAAUGAGCGGGACCUAUAAGUGUCAGACAGCCAGGUACAAUGGCUUUAACAUCAGACCCCGGGAAGCCAUGGUACAGCUCAACAUACAGUUCCCCCCAGUGGUGGAACCAACUUUCCAGGACAUUCGCCAGGGCUUAGGCCGCAGCGUCACCCUGCGCUGCACCAUGCUGAAGGGAAGCCCCAUGAAAGUUGCCACUGCUGUCUGGCGCUUCAAUGGGAAUCUCUUGACGCUGCCCCCGGCAGAGCAGCAGGACUACUCAGAGCUGAAAGUGGACAGUGUGAUCCGGGACACCAGCGGUAGCUAUGAGUGCAGCAUUUCCAAUGAUGUGGGGGUCUCCACCUGCCUCUUCCAGGUGUCUGCAAAAGCUUACAACCCAGAGUUUUACUAUGACACCCCCAACCCCACCCUGAGCCAGAAGCAAUCCAAGAACUACUCCUACAUCUUGCAGUGGACACAGAAGGAGCCUGAUGCGGUGGAUCCCAUCCUCAGGUAUCGCCUGGAAGUCCGGCCGCUAAGUCAAAGGAACACCAUCCAGACAUUCAUUCCUGUGCAGAAGAUGGAAAAAGGCCUCUUGCUGGAGCAUGUCUUGCCCAAUCUGAAGGUGCCUCAGAGCUAUGAGGUCCGCCUGACUCCUAUAACCAGCUUUGGGGCUGGAGAUAUGGCUUCCCGCAUCAUCCAAUACCUGGAACCAAUCAACUCUCCCAGCCCAGCAGAUAACACCUGCCACUUUGAGGAUGAAAAAAUCUGUGGCUUCAUGCAAGACAGGAUGGACAACUUUGAUUGGACUCGUCAGAAUGCCCAGACGCAGAACCCGAAGCGCACCGUCAACACUGGCCCACCCACAGACAUCAGUGGCACCAAAGAGGGUUAUUACAUGUUCAUUGAAGCCUCUCGGCCCCGAGUGGAAGGAGACAAGGCCCGGCUGAUCAGCCCUCUGUACAACAUUACCGCCAAAUACUACUGUGUCUCCUUCUACUACCACAUGUAUGGGAAGCACAUUGGCUCCUUGAAUCUUUUAGUUCGCGUAAAGAACAAACGGGCCAUUGACACCCAAGUAUGGUCACUCAGUGGGAACAGAGGAAACAAGUGGCAGCAAGUACAUGUCCCCAUCAAUCCUCCAGGACCCUUUCAGAUCAUCUUCGAAGGUGUCCGUGGCACAAACUACGAGGGAGAUAUUGCCAUUGAUGAUGUCACUCUGAAAAAAGGGGACUGUCCAAGGAAGCCAAUUGGCCCGAAUAAGGAAAUUUUCUUUCAUCUCUGCCUCAUUCAGCCUCCCCAGCACCCCCUAGUGGAAGAAGCGAGACAAAGAAGGGCAACAUGCAAGCUGAGAGGCUGUUCAAAGUCCCCCUGGGAAGGGAAUUGGUCAGGGAGAACCAAGGGGACAAUGAUACAACUGGACCUGAAGACAGCAAGGAGAACAACAACAGGAUCAGCAGCAGUGGAAACAACAGCUACAAGGACCGUGAAUGAACUGAGAAGGGAAACCCCAAAUUGGGGCUGGGACUAAGGGACUGUGUUUGGGUUAGGGAAGAGCAGAGGGUGGGUACGUGUGGGUACAGGGGAGUGGAUGAGGUUAUUGUAAUGGGUGCGCAGGUUUCUUAAGGUGGUUUUAAAAAGAAAAGGUGUGAUGGAAGUCUAUGAUAGAGGAGAUAUAUAUACAUACACACACACACACACACACACACACACACACACACGUAUAGAUAGAUAUAUUUUAGUAAUAAAAAAAAAUAUCACCCUCUCUCCCACAGCCAAUGCAUGAUUCCUUUGUAAAUUUAUUGCUGUUUUCCGUUCUGAUAGCCCCGUUUGAACUGUUUUCCCUGGGGAGAUGGAUCUAGCACCUGAAAGGGAUGCUGCUGUCAGAAGGAUUGGUCCAAUCUUCCAUAGUUUCCUCACCACCCUCCUAAUUGCAAACCCUUUGUGAGGACCAGAUGACAGGCUUCUGAUCAGUAUGUAGUGAAUCCACUUUCUGCUUUUGAAAGCUGCCCAGAGCAUUACCAUGCACCAGUGCAUCCCUGGGGGGCUGCGCUCUCUGAGGGGUUAGGCUUUCCCCUGUGAUGUUUGCCACUCAGAGCACUGGGUCAGUUCUAGGAACUAGGAAGUAAAAUUGACAAGGCUAGCAUCAAUAUCCCUGGUGAGUGAAACACAAGAAGCAAAACAGAGUACAGAGGGUGAGAUGUACAUUGCAUGGGUAAACCUAAAGGCUUCUUCACAAUCUCCAGUGGGAUCAGGCUCCCCAAAGGAGAAUCUACACUUUAUAAAAUACAUUUUGUAACCCAGUAGCAUCUGGUUGUGGUUUGUUUUUUCUUCCUGUUUUGUUUUGCUUUUUUUUAACUAAUAACCCCCCUUCCCGGCACAAGAACUAAAAUCAUUGCUGAUGCUUUGGUACAAACAGCAAAUAAAUGGCACAGAGCUGCACUGGCUUUUCAAUCCCCUCGUAUCUCCAUUAAAAACCCAGGAGAGUGGUGUAGAGAAAUAGACACAGAAAGGACAAACAAAUUAGAAGAUGCAAUAGUAUCUUCCAUCUUCUGUGAUGGUGAGACAGAAGCAAGCAAGGAAAUACAGGGCGGGGUUGCCAAGAGGGCCUGAUUCUACUCUCCUCAAAGUCAGGGGGAAAAUGCCCAUUGAUUUCAGUGGAGCAGAAUUAGGUCCUCAGAGUUCCAUACUGCCUAUCUGGAACAAAAUCAGAGCCAACCAAGUGCCCCAUGCCAACCCCUGUGCGCACGAGCCAAGCCACUCACAGCACGUGACACACACCAGCCAUGACCAAUGACUCUCUGCUAAGCUGGAGCAUCGAGUGCCAAGGUAGGAGAGGACACAUACGCCUUGUGGCAGCUGGAGUUCUGCCAUGAGGCUUGCCAUCUACUGUGGGGGCUAGAAGCAGAUGAGAGAGGCACCCUCCAGCCUAACGAUAGUGACAGCUUUUUCCAUUACACCAGAAAUGAUCUAUGCUGGUUUGGGUUCUCCCCACCCUGCUCCACUCGCAGCCUGCCAAGUCUCUCUCCACUUGGAUCCAUUUUAAGGGUACUUUGUAAAGCUUCUCACAAAGGGUUUUGUCAUGUGUUCCACCAGGAGCUAUUUGGAGUCCUCCCUCCUUUAUUAUCACAGCCAAAGAACACUCUCUUCCAACACCAUACAAAAGGAGUGCAUAUCAUGCCCAGAGGGUCUCUGCUGCGCGUAGAACUCCAGGGUGGGUGAGGUGUCAGUUGCAAAUGACCUGGGACACAACCACAUCAGCCUUGCCCCACAGGUGCUUAAAUGUCCCCCUGUAACAUUUUUAAUAGGGACCCCCAAGGUAAUAAAUGGCAUGCCACAGACACUGUGUACCAGGAUGUGCUCCUCUCUCCCUACCCUGGCACAGCCUCACUCCAAACCCAUUAACCAUCAGGCAGGGGAUCCAGCUGUCGGGGCCAAAUAUGCUAGUAAGUUCCAGCAGGCAAUGUGAAGACGGAACAUGCCAGCUUGCCCAGGUUGGGUAGACCUCUCCAGGAGAACUGGAUGUACUUUAAAGAAGCCUUACUGAGAAUGCAGGAACAAACCAUCCCGAUACACAGGAAAAUUAGCAAGUGUGGCAGAAGACCAACUUGGCUUAGCGGGGAACUCUUCAGUAAGCUAAAUCACAAAAAGGAAGCUUAUAAGAAGUGGAAACUUGGACAAAUAACUAGGGAAGAUAUCAGAGCAUUGCUUGGACAUGCAGGGAUGAAGUCAGGAAUGCCAAAGUGCAUUUAGAGUUGCAGCUAGCGAGAGAUGUGAAGGGUAACAAGGGUUUCUACAAGUAUAUCAGUAGCAAGAGGAGGAUCAGGGAAAGUGUGGGUCUCUGACUGAAUGGGGAAGGCAACCUUGUGACAGAGGAUGCAGAAAAGUCUGAAGUGCUCAAUGCCUUUUUUGUCUCAGGCUUCACAGGCAAGGUCAGCUCCCAGGCUACUGCUCAGGGGAGCACAGAUUGGGGAGGAGGUGAGCAGCCAACAGUGGUGAAAAAACAAGUUAGGGACUAUUUAGAAAAGCUGGACAUAUACAAGUGCAUGGGGCCAGAUGAGAUGUACCUGAGGGUGCUGAGGGUCUUGGCUGAUGUGAUUGCAGAACCGCUGGCCAUCAUCUUUGAAACGUCAUGGCGAUCAGGAGAGGUCCCAGAUGAUUGGGAAAGGGAAAAUAUAUUGCCUAUAUUUAAGAAAAGGAAAAACAAGGAUCCAGGGAACUAUAGACCAGUCAGCCUCACCUCAGUCCCUAGAAAAAUCAUGGAGCAGCUUCUCAAGGAAUCCAUUUGUAAGCACUUGGAGGAGAAGAAGGUGAUUAGGAACAGUUGGCAUGGAUUCACCAGGGGCAAGUCGUGCCUGACCAACCUGAUUGCCUUCUAUGAUGAGAUGACUGGCUCUGUGGGUGCAGGUAGACCAGUGGAUGUGGUGUACCUUGAUUUUAGCAAGGCUUUUGAUACCGUCUCCCACAACAUUCUCACAGGCUAAGGAAGUAUGGGCUGGAUGAAAGGACUGUAAAGUGGAUACAAAACUGUCUGGAGCAUUGGGAGUAGUCAUCAAUGGCUUGAUGUCUAGUUGGCAGCCAGUAUCAAGUGGAGUGCCCCAGGGCUUGGUCCUGGGACCAGUUUUGUUCAAUGUCUUCAUCAAUGACCUGGAAGAUGGCAUACAGUGAACCGUCAGCAAGUGUGCAGAUGACACCAAGCUGAGUGGAGUAGUAAAUAUGCUUGAGGGUAGGGCUAGGAUUCAGAGUGACCUAGGCAAAUUGGAAGAUUGGGCCAAAAGAAAUCUCAUGAGGUUCAACAAGGACAAAUGGAAAAUCCUGCACUUAAGAUGGAACAAUCCCAUGCACCAGUACAGAUUGGGGGCUGACUGGCUGGGCAGCAGCUCUGCAGAAAAGGACCUGAGGAUUACAGUGGACAAUAAGCUGAAUAUGAGCCAGCAGUGUGCCCUUCUUGCCAAGAAGGCUAACAGCAUACUGGGCUGCAUUGGUAGGUGUGUUGCCAGUAGGUCAAGGGAAGUGUUUAUUCCCCUCUAUUCAGCACUGGUGAGGCCACUUCUGGAGUACUGUGUCCAGGACAAACUACUGUCCAGUUUUGGACCACUACGGAAAGGAUGUGGACAAAUUGGAGAGAGUCCAGUGAUGGGCAACAAAAAUGGUGAGGGAGCUGGGCUUAUUUAGUCUGGAGAAGAGAAGACUGAGGGGGGAUUUAAUAGCAGCCUUCUACUACCUGAAGGGGGAUUGAAAAGAGGGUGGAGCUGGACUGUUCUCAGUGCUGGCAGAUGACAGAACAAGGAGCAAUGGUCUUAAGUUGCAGCAAAGGAAGUUUAGGUUAAAUAUUAGAAAGAAUUGUGUCACUAGGAGGAUAGUAAAACACUGGAACAGGUUACCCAGAGAGGUGGUAGAAUCUCCAUCCUUGGUGGUUUUCAAGACCAGGCUAGACAAAGCUUUGGCUGGGAUAAUGUAGUUGAGGAUGGUCCAGCUUUGAGUAGGGUGUUGGACUAGGUGACCUCCUGAGGUUCCUUCCAACCCUCAUUUUCUAUGAUUCUACGAUUCUAUAUGAUGGUUCAGCUAGAGCCCCUUCAUCAAGGGAUCUCAAAGGGUUGUUCAGACUUAAACAAACUAAGCCUAAGGUGAAAGGUCAGCAAGAAUCAGUCUCAAGUGAUCAGAGUCACAUGUUGAAACUAAAAGUGCACCGACACAUUGGUCCAUAUCGUAUCGACACUAAUAAAAGGAAAAUUGACAUUAUCGGCAGUCAGCCUUUUAUGGGUAAUGUGGCUGCUAAUGUUGCUGAUAAAUGCCUCAGAGUGCAUGCAGCCAGGAGUGCAGCCCAGCAGCUUGGAGAGCAGUAUCCAGUCGGUAAGUUUGUGGGAAAGAAGAAGAGGCAUGGGGUGGGGUGGGGUGGGGUGGGGUGGAGGGAAGGGGCAUGGGGGAGGCAGAUUGAGGCCCCCAAAGUGAGGGAAGGAGUGGGGUUGGGCCUGGGGCUGGGGCAGGGCAGGCUCUGCACAGCUGGGGUGGGGCAGGGCACAGGACAGAGCCAUGGCUCAUCUGGAGGGCACAGGGGACAGGGAGGAGGGGGCAGCUCCUGUUGCUACAUGCACCCCCAAGGGAGGCAUGGGGGGCAUGUGCUCCCCAGAUCUUUGCAUGGGGAAAGGGCAGGCUGCCUCUGUGGGCUGGGGACGGAGGCUGCGCUGACCUCUUCCUGGUGGUGGGGCUGGGCUGGGACUGUGCUGGGGGCAGGUGGGAGUGGGCAAGCAGCAGUGGUGCUGGGAGAGGAGAUACAAAGGGGCUAUGGAAAAUUUUGGGGUGUCUGUAGCCCACCUCGUAAUGCCACUGCUGUCCCCCCCCCACCCCCCAGCAUAGCCCAAGCCCAGCCCCCCUGCUGGGGAGAGCCUGGCACAGCCUCCAGCCCCAAGUGCACAGCAGCAUCCCACCCUCACCCCAUUAACAGAUCUGGGUGGCACCCUCAUGCCUCCCCAAGGGGUGUGUGCAGUGGUGGGACCCACCCCGCCUUGCUCCCUCUGUGUUCCUCUGACAAGCUGUGGCCCCAUCCUGGCUGUGCAGCGCCUGCCCCUGCCCAGCCCCAGCUCCACUCCCUUCCUCACCGUGGGGGCCUUGAUCUGUCAUCCCAUGCCCCUUCCCUACCCCCCACCCCUUCCCCUCCACAGACUUGCUGGCCAGACGCUGCUCUCCACGCUGCCAGGCUGCAUAUUGGCAAUCAGAUCAGUAUUGGCUGAUAUGGCUGGUUAAUAAUCGGCCAUCAGUAUCAGUCCAAAAAAUCUUUAUCGGCACACCCCUAGUCAAAACCAGGGAUGGAAAAAACAUGUUAGGGUAUCAACUCUGUCUUUUCAAAUGCAGACUUGUUCAUUGGAAUGCCAAAGGGGAAAUUAAGGCAUACCAAAGGGAAGUGAUUUGUCUAAGGUCAUGCAACCAUAUACACUAGAUUCUCCUUCAGGGAGAUUGCUAAAGAGCCCUUAGGCUUUCCAGUGCAACAUACAUCUCAUGCUGUUUGUCACCUGCUUCCCUACUUGUGUUUAACUCAACUGGGAUACAGUACUAAAUUCAUCUAUCCUACUCCAUAGCAGGAACUGAGUACAGAACACAGACUACCUGAUAUCCUGGUCCACUGUCCUAACCUCUAGGCUAGACUGCAUCCAAGAGCUGGGGCCAGAAACCCAGAAUUCCCUUCCCUAAUUUCUUACUGUAACUCCAUCCCAUUGGAUGCUUUGAGACCUGGGCCAAUGACCAGCUAAUGACUGAGACCCAAUGUCCUCUACAGCCAUCUGCUGAUAGGAAAGAGACAUGAGGACGCACCUCACAUGGCUAAUCCUCUACCUUUCAUGUGAACAAAAAGCUCUGUCAACAGCUCUCAAACAAAAGGCAAAAAUAAAAGGAUCGUUUAUAUUUAGCUGAUGUUGUGGAACCUGCAGGCUGCAUGCUAAUUAGCUGGGAGAAGUAACGAGCUGAACAAGAAGGAUAGGAGGAGGGAGGAUCUAAAAACAAAGAUUUUAUACUAAUUGUUGAGAUUGCAGAAAAUUAUUUCUUCUGGGUUGUUUGUUUGCUUGUUUUUGUGGGAAAAAUCAUAAGGGACUUGACUAGAUAAUGUCAGCAUGGUAAAUACCCAGCCUCAGAGGAGCUGUUCCACUUCAUUCUCCAUGCUCCUUGGUAGGAUUGUCCUUUAUUUCUCUUUGCAAUAAGGUCAUGAAUUGGUGCCACUGGCUGUGAUUCAGAAGAUGGAAGAUUAGGGUCUGUGGCAGUCAGUGAUUCUCCUUUACUUGAGAGGACAGGAGGUCACCAAGACAGCUGGCUCCAUUCAAGAUCAGGGCAUUUUUCUCUGACAGAUAUUAUGCAGUGGGACAGCAGAUUGGCAUUUUGGCCCUUGGCCCUUUGCCAAAUGUCACUCAUUCCAGUGUUUAGUUUUCUCUGCACAGCUUGUUUCUCUGAAGUGUAUUCAGUGAACAGGUGAUUUUCAUCACUCCUUCCUCAGCCUCUCCUGCAGGAUGAUCCUCAUCAGCCCUUCCUCCUCAUCCUGAUCCUCCUCUGACACAUGCCGUGCAGUACUGUUGUCUCCUCUUCAUGGUCUUCCCCUCUGAACCAGCAGAACUUCAUUUUCCACUGAAAGGCUUUGGACUUCCAGGGUAUCUGCCAUGAAGUGAGGAGCUGAAGGCAGAGCUGAUAGGCCCGGCUCAAGCCCAGAUGCAGAAUGGGGGUCCUAGAAACCCUGAGAGCCCUGUCUUCAGACAGAGCUGCUAGGCUCUGAGAAACUAUCCUUGAGACCCCACUAAAGUGGGGGCUUCCAGGCUCUAAGCUUCACAGUCUGGGGCAAUCUGUGGUAGGACGGCCCCAGGGCUGGGGACUCUGGAGACCCUGGCCCCUCAGCUGCCAACCAAGUAAGCUGACAGGAAACCAGGCAGGUUUCCAACAGAGCUCAGCCUGGGCUUCAGCAAACAUUCCUCAAAAUGGCAAUGUUUCCACAAAGUGGUUUGGCCCUUGUUGAGGUGGGAAGCCUCAACCUGGUAAGCCAGAGCCUUAGCACAGCACAGCUGAAUUGUUGAUGACUUUAACGACCUGGACAAUUUUGUUUUUGAUAACCCGGUGGUCUAGACCUGCUCUAGUUGUUGCUAGGCAGAGUAGUCAAGAUUAGAUAACAUAGGGCACAUCUACACAAGAAGUUUACUGUGGAAUAGCUAAUUAUCUCUGCAGUAAAUGGAUUGGCAUCUACACAUGCACCCCUAUUACGCCACAGAAAACUAAUCAACUCCACAGCAAGGUAGUACUUGUAAAUACAAGUACUAUUCUGCUGCAGAUUUUUUUACUCUGCAGCACCACAAGUGUAGACAUUGCUGCAGCUGGCUGGGGCAUGAAAGUGCUUCAGUACAGGGGAUGCCUGUCAGCCACCCUGGCACUGGAGCACCCUCGUGCCCCAGCCAGUCCCUCCACAGCAUAUUCAGCCAAGUCAGAGCAGACCUGGGCUGGCAGGCUGACCCCCUGGACUUCCUGCCAGCUGUGGCUGCUCUGACCCAGAUCAAUGUGUUACGGUCGUGGGCGCACAUAUAAAUGCAGCAUUCAGGAGCAAUAAACUCCAUUGUGAUAUGCACCAGAGUUUGUUGCAUUGCAUCAAUAUGCAUGUGUAGAUGCACCUCCAGUGUAGCUAACCUUCACCUUCUCCCAAGUGUAGGUGCAGGUUAACAUUUUCUUCUUUGAUUUUGCUGGCUGAGGUCCACACUAAGCUUCCAUCAUGGGUCGAUCUCAACUAGCUAUUUUGAGGCAGAAGGCAUUAGCCUGCAUCCAUUCUGGGGAAAGGUCAAUGUUAGCUACGAUGUUUUAGCUUACCUUGACUACUCAUUCUUGUGUGGACUCAGUAGGAGGUUUCUCCCCUUGUUAGGUCGCAACAGAAAGGGAUGCUCAGGAGCCCACCUGGGAUUGUGUUAUAUGGGUGUUACACACGCCUCCUAAAAUUACCGCAUCAUUCACCACUGACCAAAAACCAGAUGGUCUUCUGGUAUCUAUAGAGGUCACUGCUCUAGAUUGUUCUCACAUGUUGGAUGAUAUUUAAAGAUGGAUUAUGGUGCUCAUUUGGGUCUCUCUGACAGGCAGGCCAAACCAUGGGAGCAGCAGCCAGGGACUUUUUUUAAGGAAGCAGUUAAAAAUCCCUCCUCCUCCAACUCUUGCCCCCCUUCUCUUCUAUGCUCAGCAGCACAUCCCCUCCCAUUUCCCCCUCACCUUCUUUACUUAUGCCUCAGGGUGCAAUAAGGAAAGACCCAUCCACAGCUGCACCCACCAUCCCCACUGCUCCCGCCCUGUUCCAGUCAGAACUGCUGGAAGCAGCUGUGUAGGGAUCCGGGAUCAGUUGGGGACAGCAGCAGAGGCAACAGCAGGCAGGUUUCUCCUUGCUGCUCCAGUUCCUAGGCUGGUGGGGAAGACCCAGGGCGAUCAGUCACAAAGGAGGAACCUACCCACCGUCACCACUGCCACUGUCGGCAGCUGAGCCUGGUCCCUCAUGCAGCCUGGCUGGAACAGGGAAAAUGUAGUUCUGGAGUUACCCCAGUCCCAGGACAGCUGGAGACAGCAGGGACAAUGCUAGUGGUGGGUGGGGGAAGGUGGGAAUGGAAAGGGAAGGGAAAGGCCACUGAGCAUAGAGGGAAAGGGCCAAAGCAGGCGGAGGAAGGUUCUUACCUGCUUCAGUCCCCAGCUCCUGCUCCUGCACUGUGGUCUGAAAGGAGGUGACCACAGCACUGGACCCCCUCUGGAUCCACUGCUGCAGAACUGCAACGUGGAACAGCAAGUGAGAAGGCUACGUACACCGAAAAGAAGACCACCCAAAUAGUGCCUUAUUCAUGGCAUCAUACUGUCCUCCCAGAAAGAUGGUAGAGGAAGCUGCUCAUUGCAACUUGGUUUGGCAGACAACACUUGCCGGGCUCAUCAUAAAAAUUCCUUUGUGAAUCUCCCCCUGACUUCCCUAAGAUCAAACAGCAAGUCUAUGAUAGACUAGGAAAUUCAAACCAGGUCUCACAUGGCCCAGGCUAAUGAGCUGUAAUGAGCCAAGGCCCAGCUGGGGCAGUGCUCUGGGGCAGAACAUGGACAACCUGAUCCAUCACCUUGUUGGCGCCUGAUGAUCCACAUGGGCAUAAAUGGAUUUUUUGUAGAGUUUGGGCAAAAUCUUGUUGUGGGUCCUAUAUAUGGGGGCUCCCUAUGAAGGUGCCCACAUAGCCAUGGAGGAUAUAACUCGGGGAGGGGGUGUAUCAUUUGUCAGUGCCAAAGUAAAUUGCCACUCUUGCUCCCCUGGGUCUACAUCCUUGGUGAUCUCGUCUCCUGCCCCUGUCAGCUGUAAGAUUCAAAAACCCUGUUUCUUCCUUAAUGGUUCCUGAACUGUCCACCCAGGCCAGUCCAACAGGAGCUGAUGCAUGUGUGAAACAAUCAGAUGUGGGUCUCAUACUCAGGAUUUGGGGCAUUAAUUGAACAGGAAGAUGAACAAAAGGAGCUCUGCAAAUGACAAGAAAAUAAAUGGCAGAGAGUGAAUAGGGGUUAGUGGAAAGCUUGCAGUGUCCUGAUGCCUUCUCAGGCAGCUGAAAGAAAGGGAAAGGAAAUGAAGGCAUUGAGGACACAAGAAUGAAUCAGUGGGAAGAAAUGGUUACUGCAGUCAGGAACUGAAUAGAUGGCAUGGUCAAAACCAGGCAGCUAUCUAAUCCUUGUUGGGUGGGAGCACCUCAGUGGCCUCUGAACAUGCCCCAGCACAGUGCCAAGGAAUUCUGGGCUGUGUGCUAAAAAAUGAAACCAAUCAAGGAUUUGCAGCCAUCCCCAGUUGAACAUCCUGUUGCUGAGCAGACGAUUCAGCUGGAUUACACUCUUGUUGGCUCUGAUCCUCUGCCUGGGAACACAAUACCAUGCCGAUGCUCUGCGGCCAUGGGAAAAGGCUGAUAACUGAGGCUUAGUGAGUCUCCAUGGCAGACAUGGGGGCGGGGACAGUGUAAGCCAUUAAAACAGGCAGAAGUCAUACCCGAGGGAAUGACAAGUUAAUCUUCUGUGAGUACAUGGAAUCCAUGCAUAUCCCCUUGCAGGCCUUUCAUUCAGAACAAGGACUGCAGAGCAGAAGGGAUGGGGAUUUACAAGCUAAGGAUAGAAGAGUAUGAAGAGGUAAUUGCAGGUUACAAGGGGGACACCGAGAGAGUCCAGUAUUUCAGGAGGGUGUGGGGGAUGCUUGAAAGAGGUUAAGUUCAGAUAUGGAGGGAGGUGGGGCAGGUAGUGUGUUGGGGAAGAAACCAAGGUAUUUCCAGGCUAGAUGAACAGCAGCAUGGUAAUGAUGGAGAAGUCCAAGGCUGGCCCCAUUGUCUAGUGCACAGGAUCAACUCCCUGCCAUUACUUACAGUUUCUUGGGUCUCCUGCAUUUCCGAAGCUCUGUCCCUGGAUAUCCCACACUUCCUAGGCUAUGUUCCAGUUGCUAGGAUUGUAGACAGGUGGGGUAGGGGUAGGGAGAGGGCUGUGUAAAGGAGAAUGUGACUGUUCACAGGAGUGCCCAGCUCAGGUUCUCCCAUCAUGACCUGAACUAGCUCCAGGCUGUCCAGUCAGGACCUGCUACCUGGAUCUUUUCCCAGGCAAAUCAUUUCUUGAGCAAGCCCAGCUUGCAGGGAGUGAGAGGACAAGGAAAGAAAAUACAUUACUGUUCUCCCUGGGUAAAGUGCACCUCACUGUGAGCUCCCUCCCUCACUGGUCAGUACUGAUUCCCCAGGGGCCAACAGACAUUUCAUUAUUCCUCACGUUACCUUGUUCAUCUUCCCUGUGCUUCAAAGGGUGUCUAUUGAAUUCUUUGCAUAAGUGACAACAAGCAUCUUUGGAGUGGAGCAGCAAAGCAGAAAGGCAGUAAAACACCCCCUUGGGCAUCCUCAGCUACAGGGAUCGGGCGAAUGGGGACUUGGGUGCAUCAGCUGCAGGCAGCUGCUAGAAAGGCUUGACUGGUACUAUAUGUAUUGCAGUCUGGAGAGAAGCCUGAGGUGGGGAGGGAGGAAUAAGUACAUUGGGUUCAGCUUCCACCCACUCCAGGAGAAAAAGCAUGCAAGGGUCACAUGGUAGUCAGUUCAUUAGGAAUCCCUAAACCAGGGGCUAACAAACUCAUAAAAAUCUUCUGUUCAAAUUAAAAUAAAGUGUGUUAAACUAC